AAUUGUGCGUGCAACGCGAAGGACGUGCGACGCGUGAAGCUCUCUCGCUGUAGCYACUGUUGUUGCUGUUGCUGUUGUUGUUGUGCUCGUUGUCGUUGUGUUGAAUGUUGUUUUAGUUGCCACCCCGUGGCCAGCAGAGACGUAGCGCCCAGCGUGUGACGUCAGUAGCGACACACAAAAUAUCACAGUUCGCCAAAUAUUCAAUAAAAGAAAACAGAAGAGCAAGAAGAGAGAGAGAUAGCAAGAGGAAAUAGAAGAAGCAGUGUAGAAUCUGUAUAAAUCUAAAACUAUGUCUGCGAAUAAUGAAGCGGAGCCAGCGGCUGCAUUGGCCGCUGCUGCUGCAUCCUCGUCGGCAGACGCCGCUGCCGCCGCCUCGGAGUACCUGAAACGCACCUGCCUCAUCUGCGGCUGUCAAACCAAUCAGGCCAUCAACAUCUAUGAGCCGCGCUCCGGACCAAACAUCGUGCAAUUAAUUCAAGCCAAAUUCAAGUUUCAGCCCUUGAAUGAGGAUAAAUUCUUGUGCUUCAGCUGCAACAAUUGGCURAUCAAUUGGCACUCGCUGCAGGCGCUCAACAGCAACGAUGCCGAGAGUCAGAGUCGCAGUCAGAGCCCCUCCGCCCACAUGGGCAACAACAGCAGCAGCGCCGGCAUCGUGCAGCAGCAGCAGCAGGAGCUGCCGCUGUCGAAGGCGCAGCCCGCGAAGCUGCGACCUGUGGCCCAGGUGCGUCCGCAGCCACAGCGACAGCCUCAGCCUGAGCCACAGCUACAGCCACAACCACAGCCCCAGUCCCAGCCUCAGCCUCAGCCACCGCCAUCGAGUCGCCUGCCCGCCCUAAAAAACAUCGAGAGAGAAAGAUCGGCGAGGAGAAUGCCGCCGGCUCUGAGCAGGCGCCGAUGCAGGCGGACGAGCAAGCAGCCAAGGCGCCGAUCCUUGCGUAGCUCAUGCGACUCCUGCAAGUGGCGCUCGCUGCACAAGCGGAGCCUGGCCAAGGUGGCUCAGCUGCAGCGACAGCUGAGCAGGCAGCAGCAGAAGCAGCAGGAGCUGGAGCUGGAACAGCAGCAACUCCAGCAGAGACUAGUCAAGUCGCCCACCUACCAAAGAUUGCCCAAGCCACGCGUCGAUGGCAAAGUUGUGGCCAUGUUUCGACGACUGGGCACCACGCUGAGCCAGGAGCAGGCGGAGGCACCGCAGCAGGAGCAGCAGAAAUCACCAUCGCCGCUGAAUCACAUCAUGAGUCCAGUCAAGCGGCGGCCACGCUGGACACGUCAGCUGGACGAAGAUGAGAUCCUGCUGGAAUUCGAUAGAGCAAUAGCGGAGGUGCUGCCCGUGGCCAAACGACGAUUAAGCUACCAAACAMAAGGCGAAACAGUGGAAGUGGAAACGGAAACGGAAGAGGAAAAGGAAGUGGAGCAGGAGAUGGAGCAGGAGCUGGAGCUGGAGCUAGAGCUGGCUGUUAGCCAAGUAAACCACCAAACCGAACUGCAGCUGGGUCAGUUGCAGCUGCCACAGGGACUGAGCAUCACAUUGAUCUAAAAAGAAAAUCCAAAAUCCACAAGAAAAA